CACCUCCCCCCAAACCAAAUCCAGAUCUUUAUAUAAACCCCAAUCUCUCUCUCUCUCUCUCUCUCUCCACUUCUUCAUCACCACCAUUUCAAACACACUCCAAAGUGCAGAGAGAGAGAGAGAGAGCAACAAUGAUGUACUUUGUGAUUGUUUUCCCUCUUGUAUUGCUUCUUCUGGCUUACAAGCUCAUAUUCGCACCCAAAACGCAGCGUUUCAAUCUUCCUCCGGGGCCGGCGUCUCUCCCCGUCGUGGGUCACCUCCACCUCCUGAAACCGCCUAUUCACCGUCUCUUCCUCCGGUUCGCCGAAAAGCACGGACCCAUCUUCUCCCUCCGCUUCGGGUCACGCCGCGUCGUGGUCCUCUCCUCCUUGCCGCUGGUCCGUGAAUGCUUCACGAGCAAGAAUGACAUCGUUAUGACCAACCGUCCACAUUUCCUGACCCCCAAGUACGUGGCCUACAACUACACCACCGUCGGAACCGCCCCUUACGGCGACCACUGGCGCAACCUCCGCCGUAUCUGCGCCCUCGAGAUCCUCUCCACUCACCGUCUCACCAACUUCCUCCCCGUCCGUAAAGACGAGAUUUUGCGGAUGCUCACGCGCCUCGCACGCGACAACCACACCAACGGCGUUGGAGGGUUCGCCCUGGUCGAGCUCGAGCCGCUCCUGUCCGAUCUGACGUUCAACAACAUCGUGAGGAUGGUGACCGGGAAGAGAUACUACGGGGACGAGAUCCACAACGAGGAAGAGGCGAAUAUGUUCAAGAAACUGGUCACUGCGGUCAACGACAACAGCGGCGCGAGCCACCCGGCUGAUUACUUGCCCUUCUUGAAGGUGUUUGGGCUCAAGUACGAGAAGAAAGUGAAAGCCAUCGGCGAAGCCAUGGACGAGUUCUUGCAGCGUCUGCUCGACGAGUGCCGCAGAGACAAGGGCGGAAACACCAUGGUCAAUCACUUGCUCUCGUUGCAAGAACAGCAACCAGAUUAUUACACAGACGUCACCAUCAAAGGCCUCAUGCUGGGAAUGAUGGUGGCGGGAACCGACACAUCAGCCGUGACACUAGAAUGGGCAAUGUCCAAUCUGCUGAAAAACCCAGAGGCACUGAACAAGGCAAGAUCAGAAAUCGACGAGAAGAUCGGACAAGAUCGUCUGAUUGACGAACCAGACAUCGCCGAACUCCCCUACCUCCAAAACAUCGUGUCAGAGACAUUCCGGUUGUACCCAGCAGCGCCGCUCCUGGUCCCUCGCUCGCCGUCGGAGGACAUGAAGAUCGGAGGGUACGACGUGCCAAAGGACACGAUCGUGCUGGUGAACGCGUGGGCCAUCCACAGGGACCCGGAUCUGUGGAGCGACCCGGAGAAGUUCGAGCCGGAACGGUUCGGGAGCCGGUGCGGCGGAGAAGAAGCGGAGGUGCGUCAGCUGAUGCCGUUUGGGAAUGGACGGAGAACGUGUCCGGGAGCUGGACUGGGACAGAGGAUAGUGACGUUGGCAUUGGGAUCGCUGAUUCAGUGCUUCGAUUGGGAGAAAGUGAAGGGGGAAGCCAUUGACAUGGCGGAGACGCCGGGCAUGGCAAUGAGGAAGGCGGUACCAUUACGGGCCUUAUACAGGCCUCGGCCCAUUAUGGACAAACUCAGUGGCUUGGCCCUUUAAAAAAAAUAUUGUUUCGGUAUUUUUGUUGUAAACUUUGAAAAUCUUUAUAUCCAAUGAAUGAAAUACUUCGCUAUUUGCAGGUUUA